AUGCAAAGUGCCGAAGGUGAUUUGAAAGGCCGGCAGAACAAGCAGCAUAUUGCACUAUCUUCUUUGAUCCACUGGGGCAAGACCCUCACAAAAGCAUCCCGAGUUUUGGGCCCCAGAAUUGCCGGAAGAGUCCUCGGCCAAAGGAAGUUUCUGACGCCAGUUGAGACCUCAUCGGAGUAUGAUGCUCCGCGAAGCGAGUGUGCCAGGACCAUCGAAGAGCCAGCCUAUCUUUCUGUGAAGGAGGAGAACAUCAGCCCCUUCACGACGCCUGUUGAGGCGUUUACCUUUGAGCCGGAGCCGGAUAUGGUUGUCAGUAAUUUCAAGAACGGCGACAGAGAGCGAAAGAUCUAUUGCAACAUCGAGCUCACAGACGAGGAGGCAGCAAGUAUCAAGGCUUUGCAGGAAGAGGCAGCGAAGCAAGGCUUGGAGUUUUUCCCAUCCAUUGUGAUUAUGGCGGGGCGAUUUCUGAGCCGAGCUCGUGGAGAUCCUCACAAGGCCAUUAAGCUGAUGCUUGCAACCCAGGAAUGGAAGGCGGACUACUUCAAGGUGGGACCAGUCUCUGACGAUCAAGUCAAAGAGGACUUGAAGUACGGCGUAGUCUACUUCUGCGGACGAGACUAUGGACUGAGGCCCACAAUUGUCUGCAGAGCGAAUCGCAUUCCAGAUGAGUGGUACAAGGACAAGAAAGCAGGCAUUGAGCGACUCAUCAAGGUGUUGAUCUUUUGCAUGGAGUAUAUGGUCCGAUACAUGGUUGUGCCUGGGAAGAUUGAGAACAAUUGCCUCGUCGUCGACCUGAAGGGUCUUGGAAUCUCUGGCGUUCCAAUCUCGGCUUUGUCUCAGAUCUACUCGGUUAUGAGCCAUCAUUACAUUGGUCGUGUUUUCAGAUUCUACGUGGUCAACAUGUCCAGUGGACUUAGCACGAUUGCGGGCUGGGUCAAAGGCAUUCUGACCGACCGUCAGAAGCAAAAGCUGCAACUUUUGGAUAAUUUGGAUGACCUGAAGAAGGAUUUUGCACAUCAUCAGCUAGAGGAAGAUCUUGGUGGAAGCAGACCGAUGAUCAAAACCUUUUUCCCCUUCCCUCUACAGGGCCCCCCUUUUGAAAAAGGAUCCACCGAAAGUGGCACCAGCAAGCCAGUUGAGGGAUCUCACAAGGUGCUCUCACUUAUGGGUGCCCGGGGGAAGAUUUGGAACCCAUCCAAGAGCAAAGAGGAAAAUUGCAGCUUGGAGUACACUCCAGAAGCUUACGACUGGUUCGUCUCAAAUGGUCUUGCAGUUCCUCCCGACUGCCAUAGACAACAUGAGGCUGAAAAGAAGGCAGAGGAAGAGAGGGAGGCAGAAGCCAAGCGCCUUGCGGCGGAAAGCCCCAGUGGAAUUGCCAAUUCCGACCUCAAGGUGAACAAUGCCGACGGACUUCCAACAGCUGUCAUGGAAGAGGAGGAGGAGGAUGAAGAAGAGGAGGAAGACGAGGACCUGAUCCUGCUUUUUCUGAGCAAGGCAUCCACGCCGUGGCUCAGUGGUGCUGCCAAGUCGGGUUGCCAAUUGCCCGAGACAAGGAAACUGGGGAAGCCGGGCAUCGCAGGCUCUUUGAACUCUGGUGUCUUUCCCAGUUGGAGAAUUGAUGCCUGGCAGAAUCUGACGCUUCAAUCGUACUUGCCUGCAAUCCUUGAACCACCUACACAGGGGACACCUUGCCGGAAUGGCCCUCGACCUUGCCAUCGCCUUGACAUGUUGGUUGCUGGACCAGUGGUGGUGGCAACAUCUGAGGAGGCUAUGCGAUCGCUGAAUCACGCCUUUCGCACGCGACAGGUACACAAGGAAUACCGCGCGAUUCUUUGUGGCUUUGCUGGGAGCGUCGGAGAUUCAUUCUCAGUUGACAUGCCCUUGGAUGGCAAGGAAUCACAUACCGAUGUGAGAAUUUUAAGAGUGGUUCAUGAUGACCAUUAUGGUGCACUGAGCGAAGUGAGUCUAAAGCCUUUGGAAGGCAGGCGUCACCAGCUACGAAUCCAUUGUGCUUGCAGUGGCACACCCAUUGUGAACGAUGUGAGUCAAAUCUAUUCUUUGGCAGAACAGCCAUGGUUGAAACGCCACGGCACGAAAUUACCUCAGCAGAUCAAGCGAGGCCAAGGCUUGUUUCUGCAGGCUGUGAAGUUGGUUGUGCCACACCCCGUGGAUGCUUCGCCUGUGAAAGUAGAAGUGGAUGUUCACGUUUGCCGUGAUUGUCAAAUCGGAUGGGAGGAGUCUGGUCGGAGCCAGUCCCGACAGGAGAAUGAUGUGCCAUCACCUCCUGCGCCACGGGAUAUCCCACCCGCAGAGGUUUGCGACAGUUGCGGGAACAUCUUUAUGGCAGAUUCGAACUUUUGCCGACAAUGUGGAGCAGCGCGCAAGGGGACUCCUGCUGCUCCUGCUGCACCUAGCGUCCAGAAGAGUUCUUCUUUCAUGGAGGUAGCUGCCCAAGCGACAGCUCCGAACAGUUCUGUGCAUUUACAGGUGCUUAUACAGCUUGGUGGCAGCUGGUUGUUGGCCAAUGGACUUGUAGCCCUUGUCCUUCUUGCCGCAAAGAAUUUGAAGUUUGAUUAUCCUCGAGGAUGGGCAUGGGCUGAACUCAGCCUGAUCCUGCUGUUCUUGCUGCUACAAAAAUUACAGUGGAGCAGUGGCUGCUAUGCCAAUAGGGCACAGAGCGCUAUUUCAAUGGCCUGCUUCCUCUCACUAUCCAGUGUGCUGCUACUUCUUGCGAGCUACUUCGCUGCUUUACAGGUCUACGUCAUGGAGGUUGAAUUUGUCAUGGGGCUGAUCUCAUUGUCGGUUCUUGCUGGACAGUUCAUUUUGGCCGUUUUCGCUGGCCACAAAUACUCCAAGAGGCCGCGAGAUUCCAUUUUUCUCUAUCUGGCUGCUGCCGUGACAUUGGCUGCUGUGAUCACUGCCUGGGUUCUGGACCUGGUGGCUGGCGUACUCAGUGCAGAGCAAAUGCAGCUUGGAAAACGUGUUGUUUUGCUUUGA